AAAAAAAUGAGUAUAUAAAAAGUAGAUAAUAAAAAUUUAUUAAACUUAACAAAUGACAACGAUGCAUUAUUAAAAAAAUCCCAAACAAAUUAUUUGACUGACCGAUUUAUUCCCAGCCGUAAAUUUUCUAAAUUAAAUAUAUAUUAAGCCCAUGAAGUAAAAGAAAAUAAAACUUAAGCGUCUUAAUAUUAAAAUAAUAAUAAUAAUAAUCCCGUUAUAAUCAAAAACGCUGUAAAUAAAGAAGAAGUAAACUAAACAAGUAUUGCCUAACUUUAUAAAAAUUGUAUAUUGGGAAUAAAAGACUAAAAAACUUCAGAUAGUCAAGCUUAAAUAGUAAAACAUUUAAUCCCAUAUAAAAAUUAGAACAUCCUCCGAUUUUACAAAUCUAACUAUAAUUUGUAAAAAAAAGCAAAUCAAAAUUAUCUUCUUAACUUAGAAGAAGAUAUGCAAUCAUAAUUUAAAAAUUAACGAAAAAUAGCCAAAGUUCCUUAUAAAGUAUUAGAUGCACCUGCUCUUUAAGACGAUUUUUAUCUUAAUUUAAUAGAUUGGUCUAAUUCAAAUAUUCUAGCUGUUGGUUUGUCUUCUUGUGUUUAUUUGUGGAGUGCAUAAUCUUCUUCUGUAACAAAAUUAUGUGAUUUUGGACGAAAUAAUGAAGUUACAUCUGUUAAUUGGUCUCCUUCCAGUCCUUUAAUUUCUAUUGGCACAAACUCUGGAGAAGUAGAAAUUUGGGAUACUUAGAAAUAAAAAAUGGUAAGAGUAAUUUCUGGUCAUACAUAAAGAGUGGGAGCAUUAGCAUAAAAUUAAAAUACUUUAAUAAGUGGUUCAAGGGAUACCACUAUAUUAUAAAGAGAUAUAAGAAGUUAAAAUAAUAUCGAGUAAAAAUUUUUGGGACAUAAAUAAGAAGUAUGUGGUUUAAAAUGGUCUUUUGAUUAAUAAUAAUUAGCUUCAGGAGGAAACGACAAUAAAUUAUAUAUAUGGAAUAUGUAAACAUAUAAACCAAUAGUAAGAUUUGAUAAUCAUAAUGCUGCCGUAAAGGCUUUAGCUUGGUCUCCCCAUUAGCACGGGUUAUUAGUUUCUGGAGGAGGUACUUAGGAUAAAACAAUUAGAUUUUGGAAUACUUUGACUAGUAAAUAGUUGUAGUGUAUAGAGACUGGAAGUUAAGUAUGUAAUUUGAUUUUUAGUAAAAAUACUAAUGAAAUUGUAAGUACUCAUGGAUAUAGUUAAAAUGAAAUUAUUAUAUGGGGAUAUCCUGAUAUGUAAAAAAUUACUACACUUACAGGACAUUCUUGUAGGGUUCUUUAUUUGGCAAUAAGCCCGGAUGGAUAGACAAUUGUUACAGGAGCUGGUGAUGAAACUUUAAGAUUCUGGAAUAUAUGUGGAAAAGGAAAAAAUGAAGAUGAAUAUUAAGAAUAUAAUUAAUCAUAGCUAAUGUAAUAAAAAAAUAUUUCAAUUAGAUGA